AGAACGCUAAUACGCAUGGUUCGUCGUAACAUUGUGUCUUAUCAAAAUGACUAAAAUGCAGUUAUACAUCGCACUGGCAAUCAUCAUUUUAGGAAAUAAUCCUAGCAAAGGAACAACAACAACAACACAAAGACCACCAACAACAUCAACAACAACACCAAUUACAACAACCCUAACUGCCACAAAACCACCGCCGCCAUCAACAAUGACGUCACAACUACUUACAACAGGGAGGGGAGGAGCUACUUCUACCCAUCAUUCAGUUAAAAACGAAACGGAGGAUUCUGGAUUGCAUUCCAAUCAAAGUGGCAGGUGGCAAUUUGCACAAGAAACAUUCUAUGGAUCAGUAAUGGGAUCUGGGGCGGCUGGUCUAUUGGUGGGCGUGGCAGUUACAACUCUUGUUUGCCUGUGUCAGCGAAGACGUGGAAAAAAAUAUGACAUGAAAAGAACUGCCAAUACGAACGAAUACGGGCAAACCCUUACCAGAGAUAUUCAACACUCCAAGCCCAGAAAUAAGCGGGAAAGUGACCUUUACAGUGAAAUAACUGAUUCUCAGAAAGUUAAGAUUUCUCACGCCCGCCCAAUAAAACAAAACCAACGUCAACGGGAGGAUGAUGUCAUCUAUAAUCAUCUGUUUGAAAGAGGUGUGGCAGCUGAGCAAGAAGAAUACUAUGACCACGCACUUCCUGUUCAUAAUGGCCUCAACAUCGAUCCUGAAUAUUAUGGAACAGUGGUAAUUGAGAGAGACAAUUGUGUGGAGGAUCCUGCAACCCAUGGCCAAAGUCAAACAUUUCACAUAGUUGAUAACAGAAUUGAAGAAACAAAUAUGUUAGAAAACAAUGCUUACUUUAUUCUAGAGAACGAGGGCCAAUGGGGACCCUAUUGAUUUAAGGAACAUGUAUCCCUCUCCUAUCUGAUUUCAUUACAUUCGGAUUGAAUAUUAAUAAAAUUCAUCUAAUUAAAAUAAUAAAAUGUGAAUAA